AUGGUUCCUCAAGGUCAACAUAGAGGUAGAUUUAAUGCACCAUCUCAAGUAAAAAUGGCUGUAGUAAUGAUUGGAGAAGAAUAUGGAAAUCGCGAUAUAAUUUUAUCUAGAAAAGACGAAAAGUUACAACGAAUAAGUGAAACUCAUAGGUCUUAUGAUUCUCUAGAAUAUCCACUGAUAUUUCUACACGGUGAAGAUGGUUAUGCUAUUGAUAUUUUGUCAUUUAAUGUUAAUUUAAAUGAAUACAAUAGUCAUAAAACUGUUUCUUCAAAACAUUAUAGACUGAUGGUGAGGCAUCAUAUCUACAAUCAUUUACAUCAUUAUAGAAAACUUAUUCAUAAAUAUUGGGUUGAUAUGUAUGCCAAAAUAGAAUCAGAACGGCUUUUAUUUAUACGGAAUAAUCAAUCAAAAUUAAGAGCGGAAGAUUAUAUUCAUUUACGUGAUGCUAUAGAAAAUGAUGGUCAAGUGAAUGACAUUGGAAAACUUUUUAUUUUACCUUCUUCAUUUACAGGAGGUCCAAGAUACAUGCACGAAAAAACUAUGGAUGCCAUGACUUACGUUCGUAAUUUUGGGACUCCAAAUUUGUUCAUUACAUUUACAUUUCUAAUGAACUUAAUUGUGAAACAUCGGAUAUUUGGUGAAACUCAGUGUUAUAUGUAUACUGUUGAGUGGCAAAAAAGUGGUCUUCCUCAUGUUCAUUUACUGCCUUACUGGUUUGGUUAG